ACUCAAAUUAUUACGCCUUCUUCGUCUUCUUCUUCUCUUCAAAACUAUUUUUCUAAGAAAAGAAAAAUCGAUGAAACUUUUGAGUUAGGAGUGUCUGUUUCAACCAGUUGUGGAGAUCAACGAAAUGGUUCAAAUUUGGUGGAUAGUAUUAAAAACAUUCCAGAAGUGUCUGUUUUAACCAGUUGUGAUGAUGAGGGAAAUGGUUCAAAUUUGUUGGAUAGUAUUAAAAACAUUCCAAUGAUACCAAAUGAUUUGGUAGAAAACCAAUUGCUUAAAUUUGGAAAUGAUCCAGCAAUCUUUAGUCAUGUCAAAAAACUAAGUCCUGAAUUUGUUGAUCAUUUUUUUAAAAUUGGAGCAGCACAACCAACUGCACAAGAAUUGGAAAAUAGAUGUUUUCCAAAAGACUCCCAUGGUCGAUCCUUCCAUGAAAAUUGGUACUGGAAGACAAUACCCAAUGGUGAAGUUGUACGUAGAAAAUGGUUAUCAUAUUCUUUGACUAAAAACAAAUUAUAUUGCCUAUUUUGUGCUUUAUUUGGAAAUAAUUACAAAACAAACUGGGGAAAAGAAGGCUUUUGCAACUGGAAAAAUGGAAUACUAAAAAUAGUUGUUCAUGAAACUUCUGAAGCUCAUAUAAUGGCAUCUCUUAAAGCAACGUGUAAAGAAGCAGCUUUUCCUUUAAUCAAAUCAUUAAACGAAAAAAAGAAUGCAAAUAUUGUUUUUAAUAAACAAAUUAUACAUCACUUAAUUGAUAUUACCUUGUUUCUUGGGAGGCACUGUCUUCCAUUUCGUGGCCACAGAGAAGGGUGGAAUGAAAAAUUAACGGGAAAUUUUAAAGAUUUAGCUUUACUGUUGGCUAAAUAUUCUCCAGCGUUGUCAGCAUAUAUUACUGAAGUUAAAUUAAAGGGAAGAAAAACUAGCAAUUUUUUGUCAUGGCAACGCCAAAAUCAAUUCAUUAAUGCUAUUUCUACAAAUAUUAAAAAUACUGUACAAAAAGAAAUUUUAAAUGCAAGGUUUUUUAGCAUAUCGUUAGAUACAACAUUUGAUAUAUCCAAAAAAGAACAAGUAUCUGUAGUGAUUCGGUAUAUUAAUAAAGACUCAGAAAAUUGUACAGUGAAUGAAAGACUAGUAGCUGUACGAGAAACUGUGAUGACUACAGGACAACAACUUUUUUUAUUAAUCGAAGAAAUAUUUAAAGAAAUGAACAUUGAUUGGAAAACACAUCUUAUAGGCCAAUCUUAUGAUGGAGCGGCAUCAAUGAGAGGUGUGUACAAUGGUCUCCAGGCAAUAAUAAAACAACAAAAUCCUUGUGCAACUUAUGUUUGGUGCUGGGCACAUCGAUUAAGUCUUGUUAUUGUAGAUGCUGUUAGCAGUUGUACUGAAGCCAGAGAUUUAUUUGGUAAUUUAGAAACUCUCUAUGAUUUUAUCAGUAGUAGUAAAAAACGAAUGAGUCUAUAUUCUGAAUACCAAACUAAACGUUAUCCUGGUAAACCUUUACGUAGGUUGAAAAGAGUCGACACUACGAGAUGGUCAUCACAUUCUACUGCACUGCAAACUUUAUUUUACACAUAUGACUCAAUUUUAGAUACAUUGAACUACUUGCAAAAUGACAUUUCUUCAGAUCGAAUAUGUUGUGUAAAAGCUAAAAGUUUAUAUGAAUAUAUGUUAUCAGAACGCUUUGUUUUAACUGCGUUGACAUUCAAAAAAAUGUUUGAUAUUACUAGCCCUUUGAGUUCAUUUUUGCAAGGAAAAAAUAUUGAUUUACUGGCCGCUGUUUCAUAUGUGAAAAGUGUUGAUAAAAAAAUUCUAACACUCAGAAGUGAAACGGAAUUUCAAGUCUUGUUGAAAGAAAAAGAAGAAUUUAUAACAUCAAAAAAUGAUGAGUUUGAUAUUACUCCUCUUAUUCAAACUCGCGUGAGACGUAAAAAAGUUAUGGCCGGAGAUAUGGCAUUAGAUGAACAGCCAAGUCAAAAUCCAAUUCAAAAUUUUAAAAUCAACACUUACAUCACUAUUAUAGACAUUAUUAAUACUCAACUAUCAGAGAGGUUUAAUGAAAGUUCAAUACCUUUGAUCAAAGAUUUAGCUCUUUUUCAAAAGAAACGAUUGGUAGAAAUAACAAAAUCAGGAAAAAUUCCUGCUGAUGCAUUUAAUGGUUUCGAACAAGUAUAUGGGAAAUUUAUAACUGCAGCAGAUUUAAGAAGAGAUUAUAUCCAAUUUGCAAGUGUUUAUAUGGAAUUAGAAAAAUCUGUAACCCUACCAAACAAAUAACACAAACAAAAUCAAGACAUUACAGAUGUACUCUAUUCUGAUACAGAAAAUGAACAAGAUAGUGACGAUGAUAAUUUUCACAGUGAAAAUGUAGGAACUAUACACACAUUAUACAAUGUAUGCUGUAAGACAGGAUUAAAUGAUGUAUUUCCUGCACUAUACAUAGCUCUUAGCAUAGCUCUAACACUACCAAUAUCAAGUGCUUCGCCAGAGAGAGCGUUUUCAAAAUUAAAGCUGAUCAAAACACGUCUUCGAAGUACUAUGUGCGAAGAUAGGCUUGAAGGACUGAUGAUAAUGUCUUGUGAAAAGGAUGUUCCUGUUGAUCCAGACAACAUUAUAAAUGAGAUGGCAUCAUACAGUUCAGUCUUAACAAAACUGUUAAUUUAAUUUUAUGAUUUAAUAAUAUGCAAUAAAAUAUAAUUUGUUAUCUAUCGACUA